CCAGUUCCGUGACGUCAUGGCGUCAAUGCGGAAGUGGGUUCUCAGGAAACUAGCACCUUCAGUUUUGUUUACAUGUUUCAUGACAUUUGGAAGUCAGCGGAGUUAAUGCUGGAGCUCUGUGGAGAACCGCAGCAUGUUUCCCCGCAACGCCGCACCGAGACAGCGGCCAGACUACCGUAACGACCCGUACCCGUACCCGCCAUCCGGCCCCGGGCCCCGGUGCUACGACUACAACCACCAAAGGCUGGCUGGUGUCAACAACUUCUUUGCUCCUGGACCAGAGAGGUUUCCUCCAUAUGAAUGGAAGCCCAGACCACUAUCCCCAGUCCCUCCUCCAGUCCACCCUCCUCACAAACCAACUAUGACCAAUAGGCGCAAGAGGCAGAAUGAUGAAUACAGCGCCCACGUUGUGAAGCGCCAACGCCUUGACUCUCCUUUAACUCAGGCCACUCCCCCUUGUCGUCCUGACCAAGCGGUGGCAGGGUCAUCAAGAUCAUCCUUUGAUGGUUUUGAUUGCUCUUAUCCCAGCCCACGCGCCCAUAUCCAGCCUCGGGUCACUGCUGUCCCAAAAAACUCCAACAUCUUGCAGGCCUACGCUAAGGACAAGUUAAGUGAUCAGAUGAUGGAGCUGUUUGAGGAGUGCCAGCAGCAAACUUCCGAUUUGGCCCGGAAGGAGACGUGCCGAGCUCAGCUACAGAAAGACAUACAGGGUGUCUAUGCAGUUGCACGGCUUUACUUGACUGGAUCUUCUAUGAAUGGAUUGGGCUGCCGGAGCAGUGAUGCUGAUCUGUGUCUUGUCCUCAAGGGAAAUAAAAGACCUGAUCCUAUACAUGUGCUCUCAGUCCUCCAACGGUUCUUCAAGUCACUCUCAUAUGUAGAGAGAACGCAGCUGAUCAGAGCCAAAGUGCCCAUCCUCAAGUUCAGAGAGAAAGGCAGUGAUCUGGAGUUUGAUCUGAAUAUCAACAACACAGUGGGCAUCAGAAACACGUUCCUUCUGAGGAGUUAUGCCUAUGCUGAUCCCAGGAUAAGACCCAUGAUCCUUGUUGUCAAGAAAUGGGCACAGCACAAUCAAAUCAAUGAUGCCAGCAAAGGAACGUUGAGCAGCUACACACUUGUGCUGAUGGUGCUGCACUACCUCCAGACUCUCAAGGAACCUGUCCUUCCCUCUCUACAGAGGGACUACCCAGAGUGUUUUAAUCCCUUCAUGGACGUUGACAUGGUUCCAGAGGGACCCAAACAUCCCCCCUUCAUCUCAAGAAACCAAUCCUCUCUGGGAGAGCUUCUUCUGGACUUUCUCAGAUACUAUGCUACAGACUUCAGAUGGGAUAAGCAGGUGAUCUCUGUUCGAGAGGCCAAAGCUUUGCCCAAGAACAAUUCUCAAGCGUGGAGAAACAAAUACAUAUGUGUGGAAGAGCCAUUUGAAAGAAACAACGUUGCCAGGGCAGUCCAUGAGAGGAUCAAGUUUGAUGCCAUUAAAGCUGAGUUUGCCAAGUCAUGCCGGAUACUACAUGACAGGAAGGACCUGAACUCGAUCCUCCCAGUCAGAGCCAUCAUAAAUAAGGAGUUAUCCAGGAGAUAAGGGGCUUUUUCAAAUUAGAAGAGUGGACAGGAGUCUUCUACCUCAAGACAGGCCUGUUCCCAUAAACAAAGAGAGACCUUUUGGAUGUGCUGAGAGAGGAGCCCUCCUGCCUCCACACCUCACAGCCAGACCGAAUCUUGGACUCUGAAUGCUCUGGCUGCCUUGGGAUUGCUCGCAUACUGAAUUUCCUGUUUUGAAAAAGCUGCACUCAUCAUUCAAAUGCUUUGCAAACUUUGCCAUAUUAUUGAAACUGAUGAUAAAAAUACAUUAUUUGUGGAGUGGCACUAGAGGUCUCUGAAACCAUAAUCCGGUCACAUUAACUUUUAACUGAGAGCCACUUUACUGAAGCUGGAUUAUAAUGGUGUUAUAAGAGAUGUUUAUUGAUGCUACACGGCCCUAUUUCCCAACACACAUUACAGUGUAAACCUAAAAAGUACACUGACAAAUUAUGAAAGACAAAAUAAUACCGGCACCCUGCUCAUAUCAGAUUUGGUUAUAUCAAGAUUGCUAGAGCCAUAGUGCACAGUUUUGAAGAAGAUGCCAAUAAUUUGCUUCUGCAACACAUAUGCAGAGUAUAUACAGUAAAUUGUCUUAAGCCUGUGUGGACCAACUUUAACAUCAAAGUCUUUUUCUAUUUUUAUAGGUCAGUAGUCAAGCUAUUGUGGGUUUAAAUACCAUAUACUCAUUUUUUCUACAGAUACAUUAAAUGCCAUCUCCUUUUUCAUUAUCACCUUGUUUAAGUUUCUAAGCUCCUCUAAAAACUGAUUGAGGUUAGGGGAUGUUUAAGUCAGAGUCAUUCUUUUAUGUGACUCCAACGUGAUUAUUAGAGGGCUGUAAAGAGGCCAGUCUCUGAAUGUCGUCACUCCUUUAUCAUUGGUCCUGAUGUGUUGUAUUCUUUCCCCUUGCCUGGUCAGGCCUAUGCUCUGAAAUUGUUGUUCAGUAUCUUCUUGAUUUAUUUGGACAAAAAAAUAUGUUAUUCACUCGUUUUCUGUUCGCCUAAAGCAUAUGUUAUUUGAAGUUCAUUCACACUUCAAAUUUUUCCUGAGCUCGUUUUUGUACAUUACCAACUUUUAAAGGUUUAUUUAAAAAUUAAAUCUAUGAAGAUGUA